AUGAUACCAUCAGAAUACAUUGAACCAGAGGUCUCUCAGGCCACCUGUGUAGCAGACCCAGAACCAGGUCCUUCAACGACACCAGCAGUUAAACGUGGACUAGAACAAGAACUUUACCAUCAAGACAGUAUUGUGGCCACAGGAAUUGAGGUGAGGAACCAAGAAACAGUGCAUGGUAUAGAAGUUACUGAAGGUCAGUUCACGCUGUGGUCUUUAGCAGAGUCCAACCCCAUCUCGCAGCCCAGUACUCUGCACAGCAAGGUCAGAAAAAUCGUUACUGAGAAAUAUUUGAAGUCCGCCAGAAAGCAGCAACCCCAUUACUAUGAAGCAGUAUGA